UGUCCAGCAUGGCUGCGCCCUUGUGUCGGCGUGUGUGUAAACACUUGUAGAAUUUCCUGCAGCAAAAACAGAGAAACUGAGGACUUUAUGACACGUUUCCAUCUUCUAUCGCAUUUCGGUAUACAUUUCGUCUGUUAGCAACCUCCGAGAGAACAAAAUGAAGAUCAAAUCCAAGUCUUCCAAUCACAAAUCUGAGAAUACCCACAGGUUUCUCACAUUUGCUGAAAGACUCGCCAAUGUCAACAUUGAUGUCAUCCAUCGAAUCGACAGGACUGGAUCUUAUGCUGAGGAGGUAGACACAUACUUUUCAGAGGGGCUGACAAAAUGGAGAGACCUCAACUUAACAGAACAUUUCACUACGUUUUUGAAAGAGGUGGCCAACAAGAGCCAGUCCUUCAACAUGCUGGUUUUCCAUCAGAAGUCCAUCGUGGAAAGCCUCAAAACCCAUCUGGCAGUCAAAAACAGUUUGGCCUAUCAGCCCCUGCUGGAUCUGGUGGUGCAGCUGGCUAGAGACCUGCAGACAGACUUUUAUCCCCACUUCCCUGACUUUUUCCUCCUUGUCACGUCCCUGCUGGACACGAAGGACACAGAGGUGCUUGAGUGGGCUUUCACCUGCCUCUCUUACCUUUAUAAGUAUCUGUGGAGGCUCAUGGUGAAGGAUAUGACCAACAUCUACAGUUUGUACAGCACAUUAUUGGCACACAAGAAAGAGCACAUCCGUAACUUUGCAGCUGAGAGUUUCUCUUUUUUGAUGAGAAAGGUUCCAGAUCUGGAUGCUUUGUUUAAUCACAUUUUCUCAGACCUGGAGCAGCAUCCAGAGAAAGUGGAGGGCACAGGUCAGCUGCUGUUUGAGAUGUGCAAAGGGGUCCGGAAGAUGUUCCACUCCUGUGCUGCAACAGCUCUUCCUGUUGCCUGGAGGAAGCUCGGCUCCACAACCAGCCAGGGGGUCUCUCUACCUUGGGAUGCUGUCAGAGAUGCUCUCGAUCACAUGGUCCAGGCUGCGGCUAAUUAUGUAGACAGGGAGCACUUCCUGGUUUUAUGGGAUUCGCUUCAGGCCAGUGUGGAGGAACUUUCAGACUCUGUGGGAAAAACAGAUGAAGUGGGAUCUGAGGCACUGGAGCAGCUGGAGAGGCUGCUGUUUGUUCUCCACACCCUGGUGUCCCACAGAGACGGAGCUAAAGUCACCAAGCCGGAGACCGUUACCAAGAUGGCUGUUCGGCUGAUUGACAUCUCCUCCCGGUCAGUCUCCUGCUCACGUCUACUUCUCCAGAUCACCUCCUCUCUGCUGCUAGGGGAGAACAUCCACCUGCCCAAUGCGCUCAUACAGGAAACCAUCCAAAAGGUGUUUAACAGCAGGUUGGAGCAGGAUCUGAUUCUGGAGUUCACUAAGGAGAUGUUUACCAUGAAGCAGUUUGAACAGCUCUUCCUCCCCAGCCUGCUACGCUUUACCACCGGGCUGUUCGCACACGGAGAUGCCCCUUCACGCCACAGUGCACUCGAUGUGCUGGUCAAUCUGAUCCUGGUCAAAGCCCCGCCCCCCACAGACGGUUCCAUGGCCUUUGAAACGUACCCGCUUCUGUUCACCGGCCAGACCACAAGUAAGGAAGUGGAGCAGCAGACGGUACCAGAACUGGUGAUUUCUCUGAUCAAACUUCCAGAGGAGCAGACAAUAGCUGAUCUGUCGCUGCCUUGGUCCGCACUGGUUCUGCUGCCACACAUCAGACCUCUGUCAGCGGCUACGGUUCUCCCCACUGUGGCGGCUUUUUUGAACUGCAUUCUCCGUGACAUCGAGGCAGAGAAAAUGGGAAAAGCUGCCUUGUUUGUAGCCAGACAGGCUCUGAGCUGCCUCCUCUCAUUGGACACCUCUGCCCAGCUGCUCUCGCUGGUUCCUGUAGAUAAAGUCCAUUCAGUCCUGCAGAGGUUCCCCACGGAUGCGUCGGCUCUGCUGCUCGGUGACCUAUACUACGCCCGCCUGUCGCUCAGCGGCGCAUCAGAGCAUCUGUCCCACAGCGCGUUGCUGCAGAUCUACGACACGCUGCAAUCCAACCUCUCCUCAAAUAUUUCCAAUAUCCGCCUGCUUACUCUGAGGAUCUUAUCCCAGUUUGAGGCAGAGCUCCCAACGCAGAUGGAGGAGGAGGAGAGCGUGGAGGUCCAGUCGGUGUUCUCCUCUUGCCUGCUGGCUGAGCUGGUGCCCGCAUCGGUGCAGGACUACAGGGAGAAGCUGCUUCACCUCCGGAAGCUGAGGCACGACCUGGUGCAGCGGAGCCUCCCGCUUGGGCCGCCGGGAACCUUCCAGCAGGUCCCUCUGAGGUACCUCAUCGCCAUGCUGUUUGUCAAUUUCAGGCCGCUCUGGGAUCCAGUCAUCGAGCUCAUUGUGAGCCAUGCUAGAGGAAUGGAGAACAAGGACUUCUGGAGGGUUUUUUAUGAACAUCUGGCGUUGGUGGCAGACCUCGCAGAGAAGGAGCUAGGUGUGACUGACGAAGGUGCCGCCGUCGAGAAAGAGUCUCCCCCACCUGCAGAGCCUGGCUGUGAUGUCAUUGAAAGCGGAGACGUCGGAGUGCUGUUCCUGGAUCAGCUCAAGAUGGCCUCCGAAGCCGACGAGAGAACCGACUUCCCCAACUUCCGCAGCCUUCUGUGGCGAGCCAUGGAGCAGUUCGCCGACAGGGUGGAGCCUCGAAGCAGAGAGCUGAGCCCCCUACUGCUCCGGUUCAUCAGGAAUGAGUUUUAUCCCGCCGAUAUGCUCGUCGCUCCCACUCAAGACUUGAGGAAAAGAAGGGAAACCGUCAACGAGGAAUCAGAGAUGGAAGAGGGGGGAGAGGAGGAGGAAGAGGAAGAUGCCGGCAAGGAACAGAGGAAGACGCUUCCAAGGAGAGCUGCUGCAAAACAGCUCAUCACCCAUCUGAAGGUGUUUGCUAAAUUUACCAACCCUCGAUCUCUAUAUCUGGAGAGCAGCCUCAACGACCUCUAUAACCAGCUGCUCUGCCAUCAGGACCAGCAGAUUCAGCGCGUGGCUCUGGAGUGUGUUCUCACCUUCAAAGAUGCCAACAUCGUCCCCUAUAAGGAGAACCUGGAGCGACUUCUGGAUGACAAACACUUCAAAGAUGAGAUCGUCCGUUUCAAUAUUUCUGAGGAAACGGGAGUAGUUGAUGCUUCGCACAGAGGCCGACUGAUCCCACUGCUCAUGAGGAUCCUGUUUGGCCGCCUGCGCAGCAAAGCCGGCAGUCGGUUCCAGGGAAAGACGAGCGCCGCCGCCCGGUCCUCCAUCGUUCUGCGAUUCCUGGCUGGCAGCCAAUCCGAGGAGCUGGGGAUGUUCAUCGAUCUACUUCUAGAGCCUUUGUCCCAUUACAGCCAAGGAUCCUGUCUGGGCGCUGUGGAAAAGGCCGUAGCUGACACCAACCUCGCUGCCGUCCUUCCUCUGGGCCGCCAGCACAGCCUCCUGAACAUCAUCCAUGUUGUGCUGGACAAGCUGGGGCACCUCAUCCAGGCAUACCUGCCCAAAGUGCUGCAGAUCCUGCUGUGUGUCAACGCCUCUGUGGGCACCAUCUUGGACCAAAGAGACCAGCUGCGAGCAGGAUGUGUCAGUCCUUUGAAGAACCUGAGGAGACUGGGGAUCCUCAGAAUUCAGGACUUCUUCGACACAUUUGACUCGUACAGCUUUACCCCAGAUGAGAUCGACGCUGUUUUCCAGGCUGUCGUCUGGCCUCAGGUGUGCCGUCUCCCCACAGAGAGCCCCUAUUCCCCCACCCCUCUGCUGAAGCUCAUCCACGUUUGGUGCAAAAACCCCAGGUAUUUUCCCCUGCUAGCCAAGCAGAGGCAGAACCACCCAGAGUGCGACAUCCUCCUAAAUGUCUACACCCUCCUGUCUGCCAAAAACGCAUCCUCUUCCACCGUCACCAUGGUGAUGGACAUGAUCGAGGCCCUGGCGACCGCCAAGGAUUUCGUCCCUUCAGAGGCAGAAUCAGAGCUGAGCGUAAACGGCUGUGCUUUCCCUCUGCCUGAAGAGGGCGCCGUCAUCGGAGAAGAACCGUUACCUCAGGGCUCCAGACUCCUGCUGCCUCACAUCUCCACCCUGCUGAGCUAUUUCAGCAGGUUGGUUCGCAACAAGGACAGACUGAAGAAGAAGAAAUUCAGAGCACAGGUCGCCAAAGAGCUCAACAUCCUCUCCAAGGUGAGUCGGUUCGUUAGCGACACGGAGCAGAGCUCAGUGCUCAUCAACCUGCUGCUUCCGUAUGUCCUCAAAGGCAACAACUCUCAGGAGACGGAGAUCGACCUCCUGGCUACCAUUCAGAACCUGCUGCGCCGCAGCGUUCAGCCCUCUGCUUUCCUGCGCCCGAUCGGCAAACUCUUCGCCAUCAUUCACAACAAGCUGCCCAGGCAGGCCCUCACCAAUGUUUUCCAGACUCUGUCAGAUCUGGACCCUUCACUCACGUACAUCACAGAUUUAGCCACAAAGCUUAACGCCUUCGACAGCCGACACCUGGAUGAGAUCUACUUCGACGUGCGGCUGACAGCCUUCCAGGAGGCGAUGAAGCGGGUUAAAGAAAUGCAAACUCUGGACCUGGACUACAUCAGCACUCUCAUCUACAACUGUUUCCAUACAUAUGAGAUCGGUGACAUGUCGCUGGGAGAUAAUGCCACUUUGUGUGUGUCUGCGGUGAUCAGCCAGGUGGCAGCUGUCGAAGCUGGGGAGCAGAUCUACAGAGAUCUGAUUCUACACAUCAUUCUGGAUGCUGUCCACAAGGGGCUCCGCAGCAAAUCAGAGAGCGUGCAGCAUGAAUUCACCUCCAUCCUCGCCUGUCUGGUGAAGACCUUCCCCACUAAGAAGGACUUCAGAGACCUGGUGCAGCUCACAGACUACAACGACCCAGAGUCGGACUUCUUUGAGCACAUGAAGCACAUCCAGAUCCACCGGCGAGCUCGCGCUCUCAGGAAGUUUGCCAAACAGCUGACCGAGGGCACGGUGGUGAUGACGCCGCGUUCGCUCCAGAAUUACAUCAUGCCGUACGCCAUGACCGCCCUGCUGGAUGAGAAGAUGCUAAAGCACGAAAACAUGACAUCCGCCUCAGUGGAGGUUGUGGGAGCUGUGUGCCGGAAGCUGACGUGGUCCAAAUAUCUGUACUACCUAAAGCAUUUCGUCCACAUCCUGCAGACAUCCCAGGCUGAGCAGAAACUGGCCGUCAGUUUGCUGGUUACCGUCCUGGAGGCUUUCCAUUUUGACCAUCAGACCCUCAGCAGAGAAAUGGAGGCCGCCAAAGCCAGAGAAGCUGAGAGUGUUGCCAUGGAUGCCGAUAACGAGGACGAAGCUGCAGCUGACGAGCUAGAUACCAGCGAUGAUGAGGAAGCGAUGGAGAUCGACGACAAGCCCGCAUCCACUGAAGUCCCCGUGGAAACAGAUGCCGCCACACAAGCCGAAAAAGAGGAUAAACCAGAGAAAACAGCCUCAAAAGCCCCUACAAAGCCAGACCCCAGGAUGACCCCCGUGGCUACUGGGUUACCCCAGAGCCGAGAGGAGCUGGAGUCCCUCAUCGCUGCCAUUCAUCAGACUGUAAACGACAGCGUUCUGCCGCGCCUCAACAAGUGUCUCACUGCAAAGGUAACACGUGACGAGGAGCACAAAGCGGUGAAGUCUAAAGCGGUGAAGGACGAGGAGGUUGUGCGGAUUCCCAUCGCUUUCGCCAUGGUCAAGCUCAUGCAGACUCUGCCUACUCACAUCAUGGAGGCCAACCUCCCAGGGAUCUUGAUCAAGGUUUGCGUGCUGCUGAGAAACCGCUUCCAGGAGAUCCGUGACGUAGCCAGAGCGACGUUGGUGAAAAUCAUCGAGACUCUGGGCUGCAGGUAUCUGCAGUAUCUGCUAAAAGAGAUGCAGGGGGUUCUAGUCAAAGGCUACCAGGUUCACGUGUUGACGUUCACAGUGUACCAGCUGCUGUCUGCCCUCAUUCCAACGCUGCAGAGUGGCGACCUGGACCCCUGCAUGAACAUGCUGAUUGGAAUCUUCAACAAUGAGCUGUUUGGUUCAGUCGCUGAGGAGAAGGAAGUCAGGGGCAUCGUUUCCAAGGUGAUGGAGGCGCGACACAGCAAGAGCAUGGACUCGUACGAGCUGCUGGCCCGUUACUGCAGCAAGGAGAGCGUUGCUAAGCUCAUCCUGCCGCUGAAGGAGAUACUGGAGACUUCAUCCAGUUUGAAGGUGUGUAAUCGAGUGGCGGCUGUACUGCGGCGUCUGAUCCUGGGUCUGCUGGAAAACAGCGGCAUGAGCUCACAGGACAUCCUGCUGCUGAGCCACGGUCUGGUGAGCGAGAGCCUGCCGCUGCUCACCAAACGGGACCGAGACAAGGCUUCAGCUGAGCCCCCCCCAGAUCCCCGGCUGCCCCCUCCUAGCUGCCUGCUGCUGCCCCCGACCCCAAAGAGAGGAGGGCAGAAAGCUCCCGUCAGCAGCCGCACCAACAUGCACAUCCUGGUAGACGCUGGACUCAAGCUGCUCCACCUCAGCCUAAAGAAAUCCAAAGUGACUUCGUCUGAGGCGUCGACUCUGGAGAUGCUGGAUCCUUUCAUUCAGCUGCUGAUGGAAUGCCUCAGCUCCAUGCAUGUGAAGGUGAUAACUGAGGCUCUGAUGGCUUUCACCUGGCUGCUGAGGUUUCCUCUGCCAGCGGUGGAGCAGAACGCCCAGCAGCUGACCAAGCAGCUCUUCGUCCUUCUGAAGGAUUACUCCAAAGCCGGUGCUGCGCGCGGGGAGAACUACCAGCUGGUCCAGAACUGCUUUAAGGCGAUGACAAUUCUGGUGAAGAACAUCAAAAGUAACAGGAUCUCUGAGACGCAGCUGCAGGUGCUGCUGGGAUACGCUGAGGAGGACAUAUACGAUCAGUCGCGCCAAGCGACUGCCUUCGGCCUGCUUAAGGCAAUCCUGUCCAGGAAGCUGGUCGUCCCGGAAAUGGAGGAGGUGAUGAGGAAAGUGGCCAGGUUCUCCGUCACGGGAGGGAACAACAUGAUCAGAACCCACUGUCGACAGAUCUACCUGAAGUACCUGCUGGACUACCCUCUGGGCCGGAAGCUGAAAGGCCACCUGAGCUUUGUGGUGGCCCAGCUGCAGUACGAGCAGGACACCGGCAGGGAGUCGGUGCUGGAGCUGCUGGCCUCCAUCUUCCAGAUGUUCCCUCAGAAUCUGCUGCUGAAGAACAGCAGCCUGUUCUUCGCACCACUAGCGUUGGUCGUGGUCAAUGACGAUUCAGUCCGCUGUAAGAAAAUGGCCGCCAUGGCUAUUAAGACACUGCUUGGUCAGCUUGACGUAAACCACCAGAACGGGCUGUACUCGCUGGUCAACGCCUGGCUUACAGCGGAAAAGUCCACCAUGCGGCGCCUCGGAGCUCAGGUUUGCGGCCUGUUUGUGGAGGUGGAGGAGGAGAAAUUUUCCCGGCGAAUGGACGACCUUUUACCAUUGCUGGAGAAAGAAAUCCACCCUGAUGCCUACGAGGAUAUCUCGGAGGAGGAGGAGGAGAAAGGAGCCGACAGGCUGCUCUUCAGUUACCUCACUCUCAUCUCCAAACUGAACAAACACUGUGGUUUUCUGGAGCUCCGCAAUCCUCACCAAACGCUCCUCCACAUCUGGGGUCACAUUGAAGCCCACCUGCGCCAUCCUCACUGCUGGGUGUGGCUCACUGCCUCGCAGCUGUUUGGUCAGCUCUUCGCCACCCAGCCAGCGGAGCAGCUGGUCGCCAUUUGGAAAGGACAGGAAGGGGACGCCUCGUGUCGCCCUGCAGCCAUUGAAUUCAUCACCAGCGACUUGGACAGGAGGAUGAGAGAGUUGGCUUUAAUUUUCUGUAGCCAGCUGCAGUCUAAGUUCUUGGACACGGCAUCAGGAGAGCAGGUGAUCAAAAACCUCCUCUUCGUCGGAAAGGUGAUCUACCUCAUAUCCCCAGAGUCUGACAUCACCACACUGGAAGGAGAGAAGCAGAGCGAGGUUGAAAACGGAGGGGAUUGUGAUCCUGAUGCUGAAGAAAAGGAAGAGAUGGAGGAGGAGAACGAUGAUAAAGACGACGACAAGCCUCCUUCUUUGCUGUGGCUCAUGAAGAAGCUGUCUCUGAUGGCCAAGAGAGAAGCAGCUUACGCUCCUAAAGUUCCUCUCAAGAGAACCUGUGUGUUUAAGUUCCUGGGAGCCAUAGCAGUGGACCUUGGGAAGGAACGCCUCGGUCCCUACCUCUCCACCAUCAUCACUCCUCUAUAUAGAGAGCUGGACAGCACAUACGCUGAGCAAGAUCCAACCCUGAAAAACUUGGCACAGGAGCUGAUUGAGCUUCUGAAGAAACGGGUAGGGCUGGAGAGGUUCUCCCUGGCCUUUUCCGCAGUCCAGAGGGAGUUUUCACAAAGACGAGCGGCUCGGAAGCGACACAGAGCCAUGCAGGCAGUGGCAAACCCAGACAUCGCUGCCAAGAAGAAACUCAAGAAGCACAGGAAUAAAAUCGAGGCAAAGAAGAGAAAGAUCGAGUUUCUGCGACCUGGAUAUAAAGCGAAGAAACACCGAAGCCAUGCGCUCAAAGACCUGGCCAUCAUGCAAUAGCUUUUUACACCUCUUAGAUCUUAUAUUGUUACGUCUAUAGAUCUAAUGGAUUAGAGUGGAAAAAAAUAUACAACUAUUGUCAUUCAGCAGGAUUUCCUGCAGCGUUUUCACAUUUAAAGCAUGUAAAUAACAGACCAGAGACUGUUUUAUCCCCUCUGCUAUGAAUCUGUACAAUUUGAAUAACCUUGUGCUACAUUAAAGUUUUGUAAAUGAAAAAACUAAACCAA